AUGGACGGAGACUGGGAUCAGGGUCGCGUGACAUCUUUCUACGGCACCGAGCUUCAGCGAUAUACCUCUUUCAAAGCCUUUUCGACCCAUGGCGAUGUACGGCAGAUUCUUGUUGGCGAAAAGGGCGUCAUUGCUUUGGGAGCGCGAGAUAUUCAUAUGGCGUUGCGAAGGGGACCGCCACUUUGGCAUCUUCAGAGCGACGAAUUCAAAGACUUACGAUGCAUGAAUUUCACGUCCAAGGGCCAGGCCGAGAUCCUGGUGGCUGGCUUCCAGGACAAGAUGUUUGUCAUUGACGUCAACAAGGGAGAGAUCACCAAGGAGAUCUCGACCGAAUACUCUUACCAGAUCAUGAAGAAGAGCCGCUAUAUCUGCGCGGCCACCAAGGAUGGUCUUAUCAAUAUGAUUGAUCCUCUCAAUUACUCGGUCGUGCGAAGCUGGAAGGCGCAUUCUGCACUGAUCAGCGACAUGGACGCGCAGCACGAUUUCAUCGUUACCUGCGGAUUCUCGCUGCGCCAGAGUCAGAGCUACAUGCCCGACUCGUUUCUCAACGUCUUCGACAUAAAGCGUAUGACAUCCAUGGCCCCUAUUCCUUUUCCUGCAGGAGGAGCCUUCGUGCGGAUGCAUCCACGUAUGUCCACUACCAGUAUUGUUGUGUCGCAAACUGGCCAGCUCCACGUGGUCGACUUGAUGAACCCCCACACGAGCAAUGUGCGGCAAAUCAACGUGGUCAACUCGCUCGUCACCAUGUUCGAAAUUGCGUAUUCGGGCGAAGCAGUGGCGCUGGCCGACUCGGCCUCUCAGAUUCAUCUUUGGGGCAGCCCCUCGAAGAUUCGGUUUGUCGACUUUCCACAGCCGACUGAAUUCGCCGGUCCUGAAGCGCCUGCGCCCGCCAUUGACUGGACUACUGAGACUCCUCUCAAUAUGGUCGGCAUGCCGUAUUACCGGGAACCACUGCUUUCAGCAUGGCCUGAUAUGGUUUCUGAUGUCGGGGCGCCGCCUCCAACUCUUGACCCCCAGUUUCUCUCCACACUCAAGGCCACAGAGAUGUCGGCCACCGACAAGACAACUGUGACCGGCAUUCAAGCCCCCAAGUUCCUCAGCGAAAAGGCGAGGGAAUCCUCCAAAACUCCCGGGCAGGCAGCUGGCGCCGAAGAUGAGGUUGACGAUGCUGCAGCGAAGAUGGGCGGCGACCGCAAGACGGAGUGCCCUCCAAUGUAUCGUAAUGUCGAGAUCAAAUACAGCAAGUUUGGUGUUGACGACUUUGACUUCGGGUAUUACAACAGGACGGCCUACUCCGGACUAGAGAUCCACAUUGCCAACUCGUAUGCAAACGCGCUCUUGCAAGUAAUGCAUUUCACGCCUUUGAUUCGGAAUCUGGCUUUACAGCAUACUGCGACUGCAUGCAUCGUUGAGACAUGUUUGUUGUGCGAGCUUGGUUUUCUGUUCGACAUGUUAGAGAAGGCAGAAGGCUCCAUCUGUCAGGCGACCAACUUAUUGAAAGCGCUGAGCCACCAGCCUCAGGCGGCGGCUCUGUGUCUGCUGGAGGAAGACCUCAACGGCGGCCCACUGCCAGCCAUGCUGCAGCGUCUGACACGGUUCUUACUCGACAAGAUUGUUGAAGAUUUCCGCAUUACUUCUCCAGGCAUCAAUCUCAUGCUUCAGGUCGGGCCCUCCUCGGUUUCCGCCGUUCAAACCGCCGCUACCGAGUACAUAAGGUGCAUGAAUUGUCGAAGUGAAUACACUCGCCCCAGCCCUACCAAUGUCAACGAACUGAUAUAUCCUAACGCUAAGGCCCCGAUGCGAAAUCAGAAGGCCCCCAAGGUCACGUUUUCGCAGGUGCUCAAAAUGAGCGUCGAGCGGGAAUUCCCAUCGAAAGGGUGGUGUCCCCAAUGCCAACGUUACCAGCCAAAUGCUUCGAGGAAAACCAUCAGCAGUGUACCUCAGGUGCUCAUGCUCAACACGGCGGUCAAGACCCCUGAGCACCGUAGGCUUUGGGCCAACCCAGGCUUCCUUCCAGAGGAGAUUGGCGUCAUAGUGGACCAUGGCCAAUUCUUCUGUUACGAAGGUGAAGAUCUGAAGCUCCAUCUGCAAAGGGGGAUCCACAACAUAACCGUCUACUCUUUGAUUGGUAUGACGAUGGAGGUCGAGGCUGGCCCUGGCCAAAAGCCGCACAUGGUUGGCAUGAUCAAUGUCGGCCACUGCCAGCCAGAAGCCCCCGAGGCGAGUCAGUGGCAUUUAUUCAAUGACUUCUUGGUUCGGUCGGUGAGCAAGGAGGAGGCUCUCUCUUUCAACGCGAACUGGAAGAUCCCAUCGGUCUUGACGUUUCAAGUGAAGGAGGCGAACAAUAUGAUGGACACGACGUGGAAACAAAAGAUUGACACCUCGCUCCUAUUCACGGAUUCAAGUCACCUCCACGACAGCAAGACAUACCGGACGCUCGAUGGUGCGACAGAGCCGCCGGGUCCUGGCAGCAUCAUUGCACUCGAUACCGAGUUUGUGGCUGUGCGACAACCGGAGAUUGAGAUGAACUCCGAGGGCGAGCGGGAAACGAUUCGGCCCAAGGUAUACGCCCUCGCACGUACGUCUGUCAUUCGCGGAGAAGGAGAGGCGGAAGGAGAGCCCUUUGUCGAUGAUUAUAUCUUGAUUCGGGAGCCCAUUGUCGAUUAUUUGACCGCCUUCUCGGGCAUUACCGAGGUGGACCUCAACCCACGCCUGUCGAAACACAAUCUCGUACCGUUGAAGGUGGCCUACAAGAAGCUGUGGAUGUUGGUCAAUCUCGGCUGCAAGUUCCUGGGCCACGGAUUGAAGCAAGAUUUCCGAGUCAUCAACAUCCAUAUACCCAAGGCCCAGGUCAUCGACACGAUCGAGCUGUACUACUUACACACGCGCCUGCGAAAGCUUUCGUUGGCGUUCCUUGCUUGGAUCGUAUUGCGGGAGAACAUCCAAAACGAAACGCACGACUCGAUCGAGGACUCGCGGACAGCACUGAGGCUGUAUCGGAAGUACCAAGAGUAUGUUUCGGCGGGCGUGUGGGAGCAAAAGAUCAACGAGAUAUACAAUGUGGGGCGAGAUGUUGGUUUCCGGGCUCCCAAGGCGGGUGAUCAGGAAGUGCAGAGGACAGAAACGCCUCCGCUACCCAUAGAAGGCGGCCCAGGUCCCACGACACCGGUUAGGCGGCCGCCAGGUGCAGGCGGGUCGUUGCUGACGCCAGGGAAGGCAUCGCCGUUUCGCUGAGCGAGGCGCAACACGCGUAGACAGUGAAGAACAUCAUCAU